CAUGCCGGGUCGAAGGUACUCGUAAAUCGGGAAAACCCUAGAUUACGUUAUGUUUGGUUUGCCCAUUGCACGCUGACACGGAAGAAGGGAGACUCCUUUGGUUUACCUGAUGGGACAGAGACAGAACCAGGUACUACUACACUGGUGACUAAAGUAAUCCACAACGAGAGACGCACCGGCACACAUAACAACAAAAUACCCAAACUGGCCCCCAGCGCUAAAAGUAUGUACAGGCCGGGAGACGUGCCCAAUUGGAGGUACGCGAGUAGCAUUGUGGAUUACAAUCUGUUCUUGAUCGGGAAAACCGGACACGGAAAAAGCUCUACCGGGAACACCAUUUUGGGCAAAGAGGCUUUCGGGGUUUCAGACAAUGCAGAAUCGGCGACCAUCAAUGUUCAGGUGGCCACUGCAAGGAGAGGGGGCCGACACUUCCGAGUGGUGGACAGCCCAGGACUGGCGGACACACGCCUCAGCUCGGCGGCUGCCAUCAGCAAAGCUUGCGAAGAUACAAGGACUGGCAUCCUCCAAUGCCCAGAGGGCGUCGACGCCUUCCUUCUCGUGCUCAAGUACGGCAAUCGCUUCACACAGGAAGAGCAGGAGACGUUGGCCUCUCUCAGGUCCAUACUCGACCCCAACGUGAUCAGAGAUUUCUGUGUGGUUGUGUUCACUUAUGGCGAAUCGUUUGAUAUGAAGAAGAAGAAAACAGGCGUCUCGUUCCCGGAAUGGUGUCAACAACAGACUGGGGCUUUGAGCACGGUCCUCGAAGAAUGCGAGUACAGGUGUGUCCUCUUCUAUAACCUCGACCCAGACAAGAUGGCCGCCCCCAUGGAGGAGCUUCUACGUCACAUAGCCACCAUAAGACAGGAGAGCGGCUGCUACACUCUGACCAUGUUCUCAGACAUGGAUUUCUCGCAUCGACAGCUGAUUGCAGUCGCCAAUGCCCCUCAGCUGUGCCAAAAAUACGACGCUGAGACGCUGGCGCUUCGCCAGAAACUGGACAUGAUCACCUUCACUUCUGAUAGGUGGAAACUGUGUGGUCUCAUCUCGGAGCUAUGUUCGCUCAAAAGUGAGGUGCAGGCAGUGAAGCUUCAGGCCAGCCUGGACGAGUGCGGGACCGGAGUCCUCUUAUAUCAGAAGCUUGCUCUCUGCGCGCUGGAGGGCGAUGUGACCUCCAAGCAAAGAUCAAUGGAGAGCCGCAAAGAGGCUGAGGAACGCCGCGUAGAGUCAGAGCAGGAGAAUCUGAGGCAGGAGACAGAGAGACUUAGGCUGGCGACACAGAGACUCGAGGAACAAAGACGUGAGAAGGAAGAAGAAGGCGAGUGCGUCAUUUUGUGAACAUUUCUGCUGGCGAGACUUGGAUGCUACAACUGCAUGAUUCAUGGGUAGCUCUACUGCUCACUUCUUUUCAUUCCAGUGGUUGUGUUAAAGAUUUGUAACAAUUAUGUGUGUGUGUGUGUGUGUGUGUGUGUGUGUGUGUGUGUGUAUG